AUGAUAGACGACGACAUCCCGCGCUCGCUCGAGCAAGAGGCGAUUGCGCUCGUCAAUCUGAGCAAUCCCACGCAAUUUGCUACUGCGACACAGCACGCCAAAGUGGCCCUUGCCGACGCCUCGGCUGAGCUCCUGGACGGCACCAUCUCGAUGAAGUCGCUGCUCGUGACGCUCAAGAAGAAGCGCAAGUUACAGCACGAGAUGAAGGGCGAGGAGACGCAAGAGGCUGGAGACGUUCACGGGUCAGAGACGGACGUGGACAGCGCCAAGCUCCCGAGCUUCCGGACUGUGUUCCAGCUCCCGAAAGAAGAGCUGGUAUCGGACGACGUCUUUGUCGAGUCCGUCAUGGCCUUGGAGCUCAAGUGCAAGUACCGCACGGGCAAGUGUCUCAAUGUGCGCGCGCUCAAGUCGUGUGGCGACUACCACAACUUGUGCAACUACCAUCGCCUUCGAGCCAAUGCCAAUCAGCGCAAACUCGAUCGGAAGAAGAAGGAGCAGCGCCUGCUACAGCAGCAGCAACUCACGGCCACAAUGUUAGCUGGCGCGUCCUCACCUCGCGCUUUGAAGCAGCAGCUUGCUGUUCCUGCCUCGUCGCAUGCAGCUGCGGCGGCGCUUGCGUCGCUUGUGGCCUCCCAGCCGCGGCAUCACUUCAGUUCGCUCUUUGCAGUGGACAUGACGGUGCAAGAUGCAGCAGACAAGGCCUGCAUGAAUAGAAGUACCGGCACGACGAGCUGCGUAUGCCUCAAGCAGGAAGACGCCUGCAGCUAG